AUGGUAGCAGCAAACCAUACCAACGUUCUCGGGGCUUGCCUUGAAAAUGCGACAAGCUACACUAUCCAGGCCAAAGGUGCUGUUACCGCGAGUCCUGUUCGUAUGCGUUUAUACACCGCGGCGGCACUGGCGCUCGCCCUUCACCACCUCGUCUUCAGGAAGGGAGAAUGGCACUUGAAGGCUCCCAUGCUCCUCACAACCUGGCUGGUGUCCUACCCUCUACUGUUAGUCGCAGAGCUGGUUAUAGGUGCGAAGAGCUUCGGCGGCAGCGUAUCUAACACCCUCUUGACCCUGGGAUGCUUCACCAUAGUUUCGUUCGCCAGCAUUGCUGUGUACAGGCUGUUCUUUCACCGACUGGGAGGCUUUCCUGGGCCGGUGAUGGCCAGGGCCACGAAACUUUGGCACGCCAGUCAAUGUCUUGAGGGCAAAAACUACCUCGUGCUGGACGAGCUGAAUCGGAAAUAUGGCGACUAUGUUCGCACUGGUCCGAACGAAAUAACGAUUUUUAACCCCGAGGCUCUUUUCAAACUUGACGGGCCGGGCAACAAGACUACCAAAUCCGUAUGGUAUGACUUCCUGAUGCCCGACAUGGGGGUGACAACCAUUCGAAACAAGACGUUUCACGACCAGCGCCGCAAGAUCUGGACCCAGGCUUUUUCCGCGAAAGCCCUCCCAUUUUAUGAAGACCAAAUGGCAGAACAUGCCAACAAGCUUGAGAGCUUGAUUGGAGCGGCUGCUAAGGAUCGAAAGGCUGUCCCUUUCUCCUCGUAUGCAUACUGGUUUUCUUUCGAUGUCAUGGGCAUGUUCGCCCUGUCCCAGUCGUUUAACAUGUUAGAUGAUGAGAAAUGGCAUUACGCCGUCAACAACCUGCGACGUGCAAUGUCAAUCCUCGGUCCUCUAUCACCCGUGCCUUGGCUAGGCCAAAUUGGCUUCAAGUUCUUGGAAGGCUAUUGGAUUGUCAAGGAUUGGCAUUCCAUGAUGGGAUGGUGCAGGGCUCGUAUGCAGGACCGGAUCAGGAUUGACGACGACAACGCUCCAAACGUGGCGGCUUACCUGAUAGCCGACGCCAAAAAGAAAGACUCUAUAGAAAGCGACCAUCAUUUGCUUGCAGGAGACACAAUUGUGGCCAUUGUUGCUGGCAGCGAUACUGUGGCGCCGACAUUGGUAUUUCUGUUCUACGAACUCGCCUUGAACCCAUCUCAGGCGGAUAAGCUCUACGAUGAACUCAAAGACAUCGACGUUCAUGACCGCGAGGUCCUACAGACACUGCCACACUUAAAUGCGCUCAUCAAUGAGACUUUGCGUAUUCACCCAGCCGUACCAACAGGUGGCUACAGGGACACGCCACCAGAGGGCAUGACCAUCGGCGGCCGCUACAUUCCUGGUAACACCACCAUCGUAGCUCCGCGUUACACCAUCAGCAGAUUGGAGAGCUGCUACGAACAGGCGGACAAAUUCAUCCCAGAGCGAUGGUACAGCCGGCCCGAGCUGAUUAAGGACAGUCGUUCAUUCCUUCCUUUUGCUCAAGGCAAAAAUUUAGCCCUUUCCGAGCUGCGAGUCGUUACCGCCCUGCUGGUAUCAAAAUACCAUAUUCGCCUGGCGCCCGGGGAUGACGGCUCUCGCGUUGAGAAAGACAUGCGCGACCAGUUCACAGCGGUGCCCGGCCAGCUUAAUCUUGCCUUCGAGAAACGUGUUUGA